CUGGGGUCCCCGGGGGCGGGGCUUGGCUAAGUUUCGUGGCGGCGAGUUUUCCUCGGGGCGCGCAGUGGGGGAAGGCCCGAGCGCGGGGAGCGGGGAUGAUUCGUUCCCCUCUCGUGAGCGCGUCCGUUCGUUAGGGAAGAGGGCAUGGACAGAAAUGCCCUGCCUGCGAGAGAAGAGUCAGGGCUCGGAGGGGUCCUAACGGAGCUCCAGGCAGCUCUGUGGGACACGCACUCAGCGGAGUAAGUGGCGCCUGAGCGCUUUGUGUGUGCUGGGCCUGGGCACGUGGGAGCUCCCAGACGAGGCGGUGAGAAGCAGUUUUACAGACGAGGAGACUGAGGCCAGCGUCACGCAGCUGAGCAGUGUCCAGGGCACAGGGCACCGUCAUGGUGGGGGGCCUGAAGAGGAAACACUCCGAUCUGGAGGAGGAGGAGGAGGAGCAGUGGGCCUGGAAUCCAGCGGGCCUUCGGAGCUACCAGCAGGCCCUGCUCCGCAUCUCUCUGGACAAAGUGCAGCGCAGCCUGGGCCCGCGCGCCCCCAGCCUCCGCAGGCAUGUCCUCAUCCACAACACCCUCCAGCAGCUGCAGGCCGCCAUCCGCCGGGCCCCCGCGCCCACCCUGCCCCCCGAGCCCCUCUUCUUGGGCGAGGAGGAUUUCUCCCUGUCGGCCACCAUUGGCUCCAUCCUCAGGGAGCUGGAGACCUCGAUGGACGAGACCGAAGCCCCGCAGGGCCCCCCGGCUCCCCCGGGCCUGCAGAAUCCAGUGCUGCCCCAGCCGGAUCCGGUCUUCCUAGAGGCUCUGAGCUCCAGGUACCUGGGGGACGCGAGCCUGGACGACUUCUUUCUGGACAUCGACACCUCUGCGGUGGAGAAGGAGCCAGCACUGGCCCCGCCGGAGCCCCCUCACAACCUCUUCUGUGCACCAGGCUCUUGGGAGUGGAAUGAACUGGAUCACAUCAUGGAGAUCAUUCUGGGGUCCUAAGACACUGACUGGGGGGCCUUCCUCUGGGCGGGCUGGAUCCCCGGGUGCCACUCUGUGUGUUUUGCUGGGGGCUCAAAGCAGGGACUGUGGCCCCCUCGCCUCCCAUGUCAGGGUUCCACAAACAGUCUUGCAUGUGUGUGUGUCUGGUUAGCGCAGCCUUCUGUGAAGGUGCGUCUUCCUGAGUUAAUUUAUCUCUUCCAAAUGCCUUAACCAGGACUGCCUCUGGGAGUCCGAUUUCCCACUUACACAUUUCUUCUGCCUCUCCCUCCACUUCCUGCUCCUCUUGUGACCCCUGGCGCCCUCAGGGCAGAUGAAGCUGGGCCCAUCAGAGGGGGCAGGGAUGUGCUGCCAGGUUGCCAUGGAAACCCAGUCUCUGCCUCUGGCACCUCGAGGGAGGGGGAGGAGCUGGUCUUCUCCCCCUGGGCUGAACCCCUCUUCCUUGGCAGGACCCCAGUCCCGGCAGCCUCUGAUUCAUAACCAGGCCGGACCACGUGCAAUAGAGUGGAAACCAAACUGCUCCAUGCCGCAUUAUUUAAAAGAAAGGCAGGGUUUGUGGUGGCUUUUUUUAUUGUAAUUUUUUAAAAAUAAAAGUAUUUUGGAAGGAAA